AACCACUCCAAUCCACACUCCAUUUUCUCACUCUUAAUCUCCUCUUUCUUGGAUCUCCAACUCUCUCAUUACUAGCACACAUCUCCAAGCUCCGCAGUUAACCCAGAAAUGAAGAAAGUGGUGCUGGAGCUGGACUUGGUGGAUGAGAAGAUCAAGUCAAAAGCCAUGAAAAGGAUCUCGAGCUUGGCGGGGGUUGAAUCGAUAUCGAUAGGGAAGGACAAGAAGAUGACGGUGAUCGGAGACGUAGAUCCGGUGUCGGCGGUGGAGAAGCUGAGGAAACUGUGCAAUCCGAGAAUAGUGUCUGUGGGGCCGAAAGAAGCGGAGAAGAAGAAGGACGAGGGCGGGAAGAAGAAAGAAGAUGAGAAGAAGAAAGAGGAUAAUAACGUGGUGGUUAUGAAGGUUCCGGCGGCGGCGUAUUAUUACACGCCGCCGUAUGAUCACCAGUAUUACCACUACCCACCGCCGUCUCCGUAUUAUCACAGCGUGGAAGAGGAUCCGAGAAGCUGUGUUAUUUGCUAAGCUAAUUCUUCUUUGUCUUUUUUUUUUUUUUUUUUUUUUUUUGUUAAUUACGUGUAGGAUUUAAUCUUUAUAUGUGACGUUGUUGUUGGCAUGUAAGUGAAUGAAUGAAUAUUUUUAGUAAUUUUUAUGAA